AUGGCUGGAGAGUUUCUUAUUAAUGAUAAUGCGAAAGCAAAAUAUUAUGAAUUGAUGUUGUACUGUUGUCUAGGUGAGGAGAAGAAAGAACAAGAAGAACAGAGAGAGUUCCAAAUGAUAAAAAUUUCAGAGACCACGGAGGAAGGGGGUUGGAAAAGCAGGGGAAAGCAGAACCAUGGAAUGCAAGAGUACGGCCCCCUCCCUCUUUCUGUACUAUGCCCUGAUCAUAAGUAA